UUACAUGAUGUGUGAUAUUAUGUUGCUGAGUCGUUUAUCAAUAAAAACUAUUUAACUAUUUUGCAGAUUUGUGUAUAUGCUGCUACAUGCUAGCAGCUAAGCGCUGUGUUUUGGCAAAGAGUCGCUAGCAUAUAAUGCUGUUAUAGAGGCAGCUGCGGUUGUGAUUAGGCUUCAGACGGAUUUAGUUCUGUUUUGGGUUGAAAUGAAUUCAGUAGCCGUCACUUUAUAGACUAAUAGAUUGAAUUAAUUGAAUCGACUGCAAAAUACGACAGUGUUGAGGCUGUUAGGUAGCUAGUUAGCUAAACUGUGCAGCAUCGGCUGUACGUGCAGUCUGUACAAAACUGGUUUAUUUUCUUUAGGCUCUGAUUUAAUGUUUUCUCAGUUCAAUUACAAGCUGUUUAGAUAACCAGCUAAUUCAAAGGCUUUCUCUUGCGUUACAGUGUGUGUUAGAGCAGGAAAACACACAAAUGUGCAGGACAGGAGGUUUUCCAGGAGCAGAACCUGUGCUUUAGUACUGAUGUAGCAUAAUAGUCAUGAGCUUUUAACACCGUGAUUUUGUUCUCUGUAUCAGCACAAAUCCUUCAGCUAUGUCCACAAUAUCCCAUGGCUUUAAAAGCAGCAAACAAGACUUUACAUAUGGGCCAUGGAAAGUCAGCUCAGCAAGAACCCAUAUCAUGAAAUCUAAAGAUAUCGAGAGGUUAGCGGAGGAGAUGCAUAUGCCGUCCCUCCCAGAGAUGCUUUUUGGAGACAACGUCAUGCGCAUUCAGCACACCGAUGGCUUCGGCAUCGAGUUCAAUGCUAUUGAUGCCCUUAAGCGGAUCAACAAUUUACAACAUUCAGUACAAGUGGCUUGUGCACAGGAGUGGCAGGAAAGCAGAGCUGAUUCUGAGCACAAGGACAUUGUAAAGAAUUAUGAUUGGACAUACACAACAGAUUACAAAGGGACAUUGCUUGGUGAAGACCAGCAGAUGAAGGUGUCUCCUACAUCAGAGCGGAUAGACCUGGAGAAACUGAAAGCUCGGGAGCAGAUCAUGUUCUUUGAGGAUGUGCUGUUGUUUGAGGAUGAGCUCCAUGAUCAUGGUGUAUCUAUGAUUAGUGUGAAAAUUAGAGUGAUGCCCACUAGUUUCUUUGUGCUGCAGCGCUUCUUCCUGAGAGUCGAUGGAGUUAUGAUUCGGAUCAAUGACACGCGGCUCUACCACGAGGCUGGGAAAAACUACAUGUUGCGGGAGUUCAGCUCACGAGAAAGUAAAGUGUCAGCUCUUCAGAAUGUUCCUCCUGCCUUGUUCACAGACCCUAAUGAGAUUGUUCAUCAUUUACCGCUGACACUCACAGAGUGCGAGAAACUCGAAUUCCCAGAGCCACAGCAACCUGCCGAGUCUCCACAGUGACAGAGAUUACGACGUGUCAAACCUCAGAGUGCUGAUCUAGGAGCAGUCUGCUGCCACACACUGAAUACUGCUAUAUGCCCAGUGACAGCUGAACCCAGAUCAGCAUUCAGACACUGAGACGGUUGAGGCCAGUGAGCCCAGUAAUGGAGCUGUAACAAGCAGGGAUGUAACGUUCUAGAACGCAGGUCCAUCAAUUGUUAGUUUUCUUUAAAUACUUUUAUAAUAAUACAAACACUUAACUGUCUGCCUCAGUCACUGUUAGUAGAUCUGUUAAACUGUUAGAGUUGGGUUUUUUCUCACACACAAUGUCACAUAUCAAAGCUUGGUUGCGAUGUUUUGAUUUUUUUUUUUUUUUUUUUUUUAGAAACCAGUAGUGUGUGUUGAAGAAGACAAAUUGCAGAAUGAUUUAUUAAAAUGAUGUGUUUGUAACGUCA